UAAAGCAAAAAGGGGGCGGGGUUUUCAACAGGACUUCAUCGGGCUGCGGUAACAAGCUCGAAACUGCGGGGGGCGGGGUUUUCAACAGGACUCCAUCGCGCUGCGGUAACAAGCUCGAAACUGCGCGCAGGCGAGCCGCGGGGUGGCGGGUGCCACCGGGCCACGGGAACGUAGAGGGAAUCCGUAAGGCGGGGGGGACGCAUGCCCAAGUUUGUGGAGAGUUCCGGACGGAAGUGAAUGUGAGGAGGAGGCGCACGAGCAGGCUGGGAAGGCUCUCUCUCUCUCUCUCUCUCUCUCUCUCUCUCUCUCUGUGAGUACGUCAAUCGUGUUUUUUUUUUCAAAUUUAACGGGAGGUUUGCGGGUGAAAGUGCCCCCGCUCUCUCUCUCUCUCUCUCUCUCUGAGUACGUCAGUCGUGUUUUUUUUUCCAAAUUUAACGUGAGGUUUGCGGGUGAAAGUGCCCCCCGUGUGUGUCUACAUCCAUUCGUCAUUACUUAAUUUCAGAGCGCUGCAGGUACAGUUUUUAAUUUUAUUUUUUUUUGUGCGUGCGUGCGUGCGUGUGUGUGCGUGUGUGUGUGUGUGUGUGUGUGUGUGUGUGUGUUGUGCUGUGUGUCCUUCCCCUCUCCGCCCCUCUUCUUCCAUCCCGCUGCCGCAGCGUAGCUGCGGCGGGCAACCACUUGCUGUUGAGCAUCGUCACGAUCUGAUAGAGUCGGUUUUUGGACAAUUCGAAGAGCACAUAUUACUAAUUGCCACGGUUGGUCAGCCAGCCACACCCACAAGUAUAGGCGUGCGCAGUGUCUAGACUUUGAAGACAGUGUGCUCGUUGCCUUGCAUCACGCAUCUCCGACUUAACCAUCCGUUCCACCUGCCAUUACUCUAAAAAAAUUCUUCAACCCAUUCGAACGUCAUACAAACGUCAUUCAGAAGAGUUCCUCUCUUGAACCGAUCCCUCUCCCCUAGUCAUCACUCUCUAUCAUUAUUGUGUGGAACCCACCCUCCCGUCUCUCAUCAUGACAAAGAGGACAGCUAAGGUUUCAGUUCGGAACGACACGUCCUCCCCACUCUUCGGCGUUGGAGUGGUUCACAAAUACAGUGACAACUACAAAAAUUCACACACCUGGAACGUAAUCCAGCCCGGCGGGCGCGGAGAGCCCUUUUUGGAGGUGGAAUAUAACACAGGAGCCUUCACGACAGGGAGGGACUGGUGGGCUGUCACGUGGAUGAGCGGAGACACCAGUACACUUUUUUACACGGACCCGAAGAACUUUCGGUCAAUCUUCGACAGCUUGGAGAGUGUCUUGCCAGAUGUUGUUUCCGCGGUAGCUGGUGCUGCAGCCGGGUUAGCCACAGCCGAGACCGGUCCGGGUGCGCUUAUAGCAGCUGGUGCCGCCGCCGCCGGCUCCAAGGUCAUUUGUAAUGCACUCUUCAAUUCCGAGGGCACCACCGGGUUCAAGCAGCAUAUCUUGCGCGCUGAAGACGAGAAUGCACUUACCGAGAUAAUUGUGCACGGUAAUAUGACCGUAACUUUUCGCUCCAACUCGGGAGUUUCCGAGACGGUCGUAUCUUCAAAGCGGGUGAGGUAGAGGAGCAGGUAUCGAAAAUGACGGACAAAUGGGUAAGUCGGCCAUCGGAGGGGCAUGCUGCAAAAUGAGUGAAAAAAAACAGGGGCAUAUCCAAAACUAUCCCUUUCAAGUAACCAAAAAAAAAAAAAAAACAGGGAACGAAAAGGUUCAAAACUUUUUGCUCGCUUGUGAGAAGGCCAAAAUAUUUCAGGAUGGUCAUAUUUUAUAUCGAGGAUGAGAGACUGGGAUAAUGUUCCUAUAAUAAUAAUAUAGAGGAAGAUUCUGUUUUUAGUUGUUCUUGAGGGCGGGAGGGUGGUUGAUUUAAGGAGGGAAAAAAGGGACAAAAAAUAAAAAAGGAUUUGGCUGCUAGGUGGGAAGAUCAUAUAUUCUUCUCUCAACUUCUGUUUCUUUACCUUUCACUACCUACUGCUAAGACUAUCUAGAGGGGACCCCUGCAAGCAUAGUUUCCUCUCUCUGUGAAGGGGAGAUUUCAUGUUGUCCCUUGCCCCUAAUGGUUAGGGUAUAGGGUUGGGGCCGUGAAGGGUGGGGGACGAUGAGAAAGGGAGGCACAGCUACUGGCAGGUCUCGGAAGAUCAUAUUUCAGGAUGGUCGUAUUUUGUAUCGAGGAUGAGAGACUGAGAUAAUGUUCCUAUAAUAAUAAUAAUAAUAAUAUUAUAGAGGAAGAUUCUGUUUUAGUAAUUCUUGAGGGUGGGAGGAAGGUUUAUUUAAGGAAGGAAAAAAAAAAAGAAAAAAAGAAAAAAAAAAGAAAAAAAAAAGAAAAAGAAUUUGGCUGCUAGGUGGGAAGAUCAGUCAAGUGCUGAAUGAGACUAUAAUGAGGGCACGUGGGGAGGGAAGGAGGAGAUAUUUAAUGCAGAUGGAAGACCUGUGGUGCGUGAUGAACUGAGAUCAGUGCUUCACACAAGGAACAGUAUUAUUGGCAUGCACAUUUUAUGCGGACUGAUUGGAAAAAGAGAGGCAAACAAUCCCUAGGAUUCCAGUGUUAUCAGCUGGCAGGCCUAUAGGCUAUAGGUAGGUCUGAGAGAGUAUUCUAUAGAUGGCAGGCCGACAGUUAAUCCCCUAUAGCAAUGGGGCAAUCAAUGCUGUUCAGGGUCCCUUCAGCCGUACGGAAGGGAGCUUGGGUGUGUUACUGUACUCUGUACAUUUUUGACUUGCCGGUGGAAAAGGAACCGGACUGAUGCUCCCCAGACUCCCCAGAGUGGAAAGAGCCAGGACCAUAAGGUUCUGUUUGAAAAACAAAAAAAAAAACAAAAAAAAAAUGCAAACUUGAUCUUUUUUUUUUGGGAAAAUUUGUCUGGCCGACUCUGGCGCCCCUGUAAUUUCCAUUAUUUUGCGUC